ACGGUCGCGGCCACCAAUGGCUGACCAGCUAGGUGAGCGAGCAGGGCCAGCAGUGUCGGGAGGCGGGAUUAGCAAGCUGCCGUUGCCGUUGCCGUCUGGCGCAGGAGGUAACGGGUGUGAGGAGCGGAGUUGUGUGGUGUAGCCACCACCGCCAUCAUGAGCUAUUCAGGUUAUGGAAACUGGAAUUCUGGCACAAAUAGAGGUUACGAGGACUAUAAUUAUGGAUAUGGAUACAGUCAGGAUAACUCUGGCAAUUAUGGGUAUGGUAUGGCCACUUCAAACUCUUGGGAAAUGCCUAAUUCAGAUACAGACAUGAACUUUAACGCAUCCACUGGCACCAGUGCUGAUGAUGUAAUAAAAUUUAACCAGCGCUUAGAUAUGGUGCCUCAUCUAGAAACUGAAACGAUGCAAGGAGGACAUUAUGGCUCAGGUGGAGACAGGUAUGAUACAUAUGAGUCCUAUGACUCAAGGUCUUCACUGAACGACCGUGAUCUGUACAGAUCCGGCUAUGAUUACAGUGAAGCUGAACAUGACACCGACAAUGCCUAUGAAGGCCACUAUGACAGCUCCUAUGGGAACCGCAGGGACCAGUACCACAACAGAGCACGUGACAACUUUGGCCAUCGGGGUCAGAACUGGGCCAGAGACAGGCGAAAUAACAGGCCCAUGGCAUCUGCAUAUACUGGGCGCAUGGGCGGACAGUGGAAUGACCCGCCAGUGCCAAUGGGAGGACGGGGCCAUGGCCCCAAUAGGCCCCCAUCCCUUUUCUCUCACAAACUAUUCCCUGAAUACAACAUGUUCCAGGGAAUGCGAAGUUUCUCUGGCAACAUGCGUUUUGGAGGAGGCGGCAUGAAACAACGAAUGAGGAGAAACUGGAAAAUGUGGGACGCAGAUUUUAAAAAAAAAAGAAUAAAGAAUGAGCCAACUGCUAAUAAGCGAAAACAGGCUAACAGCUCUGAUGAGCCUGACAGCAAGGCAGCAAAAACUGAUGGCUCUGACAAUUCUGACUCUGAUAAUGAAGAGGGUCCUGAAGGAGAAGCUGCUGAGAAGGGCUCUAAAAAUGAGGGAGAGGGAGAAGGUGGUGAAGAUGAAGAAAGAAAAGGAGACUGUGAGAAAGGAGCUCUGACAAUUCAAGAAGAGAUCAGUCAAAUCAAGCGCAAAUUGCAAGCUGGUAAGAAAACACAGGAGAGGCAAAAAAAGAGGUAUCGUGAUCGAAUGGUAGAAAGGAUUCAGUUUGUAUGUUCAUUGUGCAAAUAUCGCACUUUCUAUGAGGAUGAGAUGACCAAUCAUUUGGAGAGCAAAUUUCACAAAGAACACUUUGCAUUUGUUGGAACCAAGCUGCCCCAACAAACAGCUGACUUCCUCCAGGAAUAUGUUGCUAAUAAAACAAAGAAGACAGAAGAGCGUCGUAAAGCAAUUGAAGACAUUAAUGCAGUUAUACAACAGAUCUACAAAGACCAGGAUCUUACCCAGGACAUAGGCAUGGAACAUUUCGUUAAAAAGGUGGAGGCUGCUCACUGUGUUGCUUGUGACCUCUUCAUUCCAAUGCAGUAUGGAAUUAUCCAGAAACAUCUGAAAUCCCUCGAUCAUAACCACAAUCGCAGAGCUAUGAUGGAACAGUCCAAGAAAUCAUCAUUAGUGGUUGCAAGAAGUAUUCUUAACAAUAAACUUAUCAGCAAAAAAUUGGAGCAGUAUCUGAAGGGUGAGAAUCCCUUCACAGAUGAUCCCGAAGAGAAAGAGGAACAUGAGGAAGGUGAGGCAGGGACAAGUGGGAAUAUGGAAGAGGGAGCAGCUGAAGGUGAAGGAAGCAAGGUUGAAGAAGAAACUAAAGGUGACAAUCUGGCUGAGGAAAAUCUAGUUGAAGGAGGUAGUGCAGAAAACAAAGGUGAUGAAGAAGGAGAAGAAGAACCACCAGGACAAAUGGAAGAGCAGAACUUGAUCACAGCCCAGGAAACCCUUGCUGUUGAGCAGGAGCAAGAAGAAGAAGAAGAAGAAAGAAAAGGAAUCAUGCCUUCAGAGGAGAUGGAACCACCUGAUGAGUGAACUUCCAAAGAAGGUUGAAGCGUUUUGAGACUCUGCAUUAAAACUUUUUAAACCAUAACUGUGUUUGUGACACUACAUGGCACGCGGCUUUGUUUCUCAUUGACUGCAUUUUCACCUAGUUACAGCACUUGAAAGCCUUUAUCUGUAAAGUGUUUUUGGAAAUAGCUUUUUUUAACCAAAUCUUCAUUGUAUUAGUUAGGUUUUGUGCAGUACGGUUUUUAGGUGGCUUUAUACUAGGAAAAUACUUUUUUUUUAGUGAUUAACUCAAAACCAAAUUGUGUUAAUUGGCUUGUACCAUGCUACAACUUUUGGGGGUAAAUGUUCUCUAAACUUCUCUAUCUCCCUUCCCCCCCAACUUUGUAUAUAGUUGAAGAUGUUUUUGUUCCCUAGCCAGCCGUGUCUGGAAAUGUCAGUAGCAGAAUUCUGGGUUUUAAAUUCUGCAGAUUGAAGUAAUUUCCAUGCAACUGUAGCAUUCUUCUAUUCUACCUUUUUACUUUUAAUAUACAGAAGUAAUACUUUGGGGUCAGCACAGUAGUUUUUCAGUGCUUUUAUUUAAGGGUAAAUGGUUCCAUCAGACUGAGAAAAGGCACUGUAUAAGGAUUACCUGUACAUAUGGGUUUCUGGAAGAAGCAGCCACAUGAUGGAUGUGCAAGAAGCCUCAAAGAGGGAUAAAUGCAUCCUAGCACAUUCUUAAAAGGCAAUUCAGCAUUGCUCGUUUUGAGUUUUCUUCUGAUGUUUAGGGGACAUCAUUUAUGCUGCUUGCCUUAGAUUGCUAUUCUGUAAAUGAAGGCUAUAGUAGCCCAUACGAAAGAUGAAGAGUGUUACAGAAACAUUAAAUAUUCCCUUCAAUGCAGCUCUUUGGCAGUUGUCUCAUUCUAAAUCAUCCUACAGUCUCAACAAUAUACUACUGCUUCAUUCUCUCUCUCUCUCUGUGUGUAUGUUUUUUAAAACAACCCUAGACAAUAAUGUCCAGUUUAUUUUAGUUACACUCCCUGCCCUGCAAAAAUGCAAAGUAAUAGUGGUACAGCUACUACUGCUCUUGUUCAUGCUCCAUUUAUUAUCCUAUGUUUGUCUUUAUGUACUUGCAUUCUUCCUACAGCUGAAAUCAAGCAGUGAAACUGAAAAGGUUAUAUGAACAUAUUUUUCUGCCUACCUGCUACAUCAAACGAGAAGGGUGAGUGAAGUAAUUGUUGCACUGUGGGAUGGAGGCCAUGCUGCCACAUACCACUUCUGCUGCCGUCAUCCCUUGAGCACCUGGCAUCUGGUAAUAGCUGUAUUACAAAUAUUGUAAGUCAAAUGCAAAAGACAUUGCACAAAAACAGAAAUGUUGGAGGAAGUUUCAGAGUACAACUUUUGCUUAGAAAUGUGUAAUGACUCAAAUGUUUAGAACAGUAACUUAGGUCUUGUACCUAAUCAAGUUUUAGAUGUUAUUGAUAAUAAAUUUAAUAUUGGGAGUACUGAAAUUCUAGAACCAAACUAAUGUCUAAAUAUCAGCUGGCACCUUGAAAAGUGUCCUCUCUGUGAGUGAAAAGAAGAAAAUUUCCAGAACAGCAAUUAGGCACUAGGAAAGGGUACUUCAGUUUGGAAGUAUUAUGGUAAUCACUGAUGGUGACAGAGAUUUCUAAUCCUUAAGUAGUUAAUGCUGCCUUCUUCCAACCCUUUUAGACUUACGCCUAAGUACGUGUUAAUAGCAAAAAUGUGGGUUGCACAAAAGUAUUAAAUGUAGUGCCAAUUUUCUUUGCAUCCAUCCAUCACUUAUUAAACCCCAAAGGAAUAGUGUUUACCUUAAAACAGCCCACUCAUGAACAUGUUUACUUGGAACUAAGUCUCUCGGUGUUCAGUGGUACUUAUUUCUGAGUAAAUCUGUUUAGGAUUGCAGUCUCAAGGUGAAGAUUCUAUGAGGAAAAUACAGGGUUCCCAAACCCAUGUUUGUCUCAUAACUCUAAAGCAGGGGUGGGGGCAUUUUCAGGGGGAAACUGGCAGGUAUGAGGUAUGGAUGUCAUAGGACCAAAUUCAACAUACUACACCUACCUGCCUUUCCUACUCCCCACAGUGUAAAUAGCAGUUUGGGGAAAGGGUGGAGAAGGAAAGGGUUAACCAUCCUCUUUCAGAGCAUCUCCAAAUCUUAAAACAGCUGUUAAUCAGUAAAAAUAAAAACAAAGGGAGAUCCUAAUCAUAAAUCUUCCCAGUCACAUUUGACCCUUAAUUAGAUGCUUCUGUGAUUUAACUUAGUUCAAGGGCUAUAAAGCCAGAGACUGAGUUGCAUCUCUGGUAGGGCAGCAAGACAUUCGUCCAGGACCAUGGAAGGUUCUACUGCUACUUAGAUUUUGUGGGGAUAGCCGGGCUAUUAUGGGCUAUCCUAGAAGGGUGGCGCAGGAGAUGGUGGUGCAGCCAUUUUCCUGGUGCUGCCCUUUAUUCAGAGAUUUUACUGGAAUGUAAAAUCUGAGGGAACAGCCUUUGUACCUACUUCAGACUUAGAGGUUAUUAAAGGUUAUCUAAAAUCCCUGUACUCUUCUUAUUACACCUCAUCCUCCUAUUCAUCACACUCUGGUACUGGUAUUUGUUACUAGUGAAAAAGUGGAAGAUGAAUCGGUCCCUUCAGGAAAUGUGAGGAGAGAGCCAAGGCUACAAUUCUAUGCACACUUGCCAGAGUAAGUCCUAUAGAACUAUAGUGGAGCUAACGUCUGAGUAGAUACCUAUCAGAUUGUACUGCAAAUUCCCAGGGCAGCUAGAUAGUGAUGUAAGGACCAGCAUAACAUACGUCUGUAUGGGAUUAGUGCCAUUUCCUUGCCUUUACCAUACUCCUUUCUUUACAGAAAACAUAGCAAUUAUUUUUGACUCUUAAGAAUUUCACAGCAGGGAAAAUUUUCACCAUGUAUGGUUUCUCCUGUCACUGCAAGUGUGAGGUGAAAAACUACCUGAUGAAAUUCUCCUAUCUCUGCAAUUCCAUAAAAAGGGUUGCCUUUAGUCUGGCCAGCACCCCUUUCAGUUUCUCCUUUUUAGUGUUGUUCAUGAUAUAUGUAUAUGUUUGUUUCUUAUUCUUCAAAUAUGUACAAAUUAACCUCCUGCUUGAAUGUUAUUGACUCUGUUGCUGUACCAAAUGUCAAUUUUUGUAUAUCAGUUUUAGCAUUCGUUAUCUUUUGUCAUUAAUUGUGUUCUGUCCAUAUAAAACUAAACUAAAUCAAAUUGUGAUUGCCCAGCAAUGAUUAAAAAAAUAGAUAGAACAUU